AGAAUUUACCCAAGUUGAACCUGCAUUGAAAGCUCUGAAGAAGAAGACUAUCGACCGACUGUUGUUUCCACACUACCUGGAUUUACUGUUCCUCAUGUCUGACCCAGAUGGCUCUUUACCGCUCUCUGAUAUCUAUAUUGUGAAGGAACUGGACAAAUCAUAUCAGAUUGGCAUGGUGUUGUCACAUGGCGAUGGUUCAUCGGUCCGUAAUCAGGAUUUUUAUACUUGUUUGGAAAUUAUGACAUCUAGGAUUUCAUCCGAGGUACGUCGGUUAGAUGAAUACACAUCACGAUCUUUCGGGCAUAUCACUCGAUUGACCUAAUAUAUAUUGAAGGGUUCUGUGGAUAGAAAUUUCGAGCGUAAAUUUGAUAUAUUUAUUUAUAAUAUAGCAUUUGUAAAUUCUGAACGCUGAUUGGCUAAGAGCCGUGUUGAUAUAAGGCAAUGUUAACACGGAAAUGUCGGAAAAUUUCUUUCUUUAUUUUUCUUUGUGCUAUAUUAUAAAACAAGUAUAAAACAUUUUUUCCGUAUUGAUAUACAGUUAUAUCAACACUCGUGGAAAUUGGGAAAACUUGAAAUUGUGUGAAAACACUCCGCCCUUCGGGCGUCGUGUUUCCACCCAAUUUCUCGUUUUCCCAAUUUCCACUCGUGUUGAUAUAACUGUAUAUCAACACGGAAAAUGUUUUAUAUUUAUUAGUUAGACCUAACCAGGAGCAACUGCGAAAAAUACCCUUAUACCAUACACUGGCAUCUCCCUAGGUCGUAUAUACAUCAAUUUAUGGUUAGCUCUUGAGAAUUGGAAUAUUUUGUUCCUUCAGGGGACCCAUGUAUGUUCCAAACAAAUACAAUAGAUAUUUUCUACAUUUUUACACCGCUCAUCAUUAGUAAAACUUAAUGUAAUGGAUCCUGGAUGAAUUUUGGCACCAAAAUAAUAAAAAUUGGCCUGGUAGAACUAAGUUAGCGUUAUGGUUGUUUUAAAGUAAAGUCUGGUCCAGCCGAUCAUGCAUCAAUGCUGUUAAGGAUUAAUACAGUCAUUAUAUUUGUUCUACUAGAAAAAAUAUAUUUUAAUAUUCUACAUGUUAAAUUCAUCUCUUAGAUUAACGAAUAAUUAAAGAGUACCCUCUAUAGUAUAGCCUGAACCGGCUUUUCGAAACUGCAUGCUCGUUCAGUUUUCGCUCGAAAAAAAUACAAAAAUAGCAUGGCUAUUAUCAACAAUAAUAUUCAUCAAUUUAUACUCUUGAUUUUUUCAGUACGAGUAUGACUACUCUCUUAUCGACAGCUCUAUCAUCGACAACGCCAAGAACACGUUUGACGUAGGACUGACCUUGCUAUAUCUUUACUACAUAUGGGGUGCGAUUGGCUUUAUGAUCAUUCUUGGAGUAGCUUUUGAUAUUUACAAUCUCUUAUACCACAAGCCUGGAAAGAUGAGUGCACAAGAUUCUUCAGGUAUUUUACUUGAGCCUAGCUUCGUUUACACCUGCCCUUGUAUUUGAUUUCAAUUUGAUUUAGUUAUUGCGCGUGUCUCUCAACUCUGCGAACGAAGUUAGAAUCUGCGAUAUGUUGCUUUAUUAUACUGUAAUAUCACAUAAUAAGUGCUUCGAGUUGGACUGUGACAUGCAAACACUGCAGUUUUUAUACUACUAACUUCCCAACGAAGAGCUUUCCAGGUGCGUAGUAACGAGGGGAAUGGGCUCUAUCCCCCUUUUCUUCAAGACCAAUUUUGUAAUUCCUCCAAUACUGAGGAGAAACUUGGAAGGGGGAGGUGGGGGAGGGGGAACGUAACCUCGUAAUUUUUCAUUUAUGACAUAAAACAGUACCAAAUCUGUGACUUUUGUAAAUUUGUAUUUUAUAUUAAUCCCGAAUACAUCUGCAACAACAACGUUGGUCUCGAUUAAUUAAGCCUAAAUUAAAGUCCGUGCCUAAUAUCCUGCAAGCAGGCCUGCUAUUUACGAGCAUCUAUUUGUCAAUGUAACUAAAUGUCAAUAUAUCACACCAAUUAGAAGUAUUAUGUGUAUCUUUCUGGAAGUCUUUGAAUUCAUUCUGGAUAAUGGAUAUCUUCUCUCUGGUUGCAUUUCCUCUUUUCUGCUGUCAGAUUCACUGUCCUGACUGGUAUCCAGUGCUGGGUGUCCGGCCCCAUUCCUCUAUGGUGGAUUUCGUGACAUUGGUUUCUUGACAGGUCGAAUCUUCUAAGGUUUAAGGUAAUUGUAACGGACAAUUUCUUCUUCAGUUCCAUUAUUCCUUCUCACUACAUAAGAUGUUUUGGUUUCCAACGUGGGCUUUACCACGUCAUAGGUUCCCGUCCAUCGAUUUGCAAAUGUUUUCGCCCGUAAAUUUCUAUAAGUUAUACAAAAUAAAAAUUAUAUAAGUUAAAUAAUUAUACAAAAUGAUGUAAAACUCAUUAUUUCAUUUUUUUUAUAAAAGGUCACUAGACUGGUUUAGUUUUCACUAUUUCUGGUGACCUGUGCCAUAUAAUAUUUAUAUAUAUAAAAUAUCAUGUAAUGUUAUUUUACUUGAUGGUGCGAAUAAAUUGUUGUUGUUGUUGUUGUUGUUGUUGUUGUUGUUGUUGUUGUUGUUGUUGUUGUUGUUGUUGUUGUUGUUGUUGUUGUUGUUGUUGUUGUUGUUGUUGUUGUUGUUGUUGUUGUUGUAGUUGUUGUUGUAGUUGUUGUUGUUGUCGUUGUCGUUGUCGUUGUCGUUGUCGUUGUCGUUGUCGUUGUCGUUGUCGUUGUCGUUGUCGUUGUCGUUGCCGUUGCCGUUGCC